GUUCGCUGCAUUCGGUGUGAAAACAAUCGUUUUGUUUAAAUAAAUACACUUAAAGUUCCCAAAAUAGUGGGCUGGUUGUUACAGUUCGAGAAGAGCUUUAUUGUCGACAAUGAAUUAAUAAAAAGUAAUCUCGAAGAGUUUAGAACAGUAAACAGUCUAAUUCUUUGCUCAAACCAACCAAAUCAUCGCAGAAAAUGAGCGAAUUUGGUGACGAAAAGGAACCAAAACCUCACCAGUCUCGAAGGCAUCAUCGGAAGAAGCAUCGCGAAUGCAAGAUACUUGCUAAAUGCGAAAAGGUGUUAAAUAAAACCUUAAAUCCAACAUUAAGUCAGCAAAGAAGUUUGGAUGCAAUAAUCUUCAACGAAAUGUGUGAUAAGGCUGAUAAAGCUCGAGAGAAUGAAAAUAACAAAGAUUUGGUCAAAGAAGGAUGUCGGAAAACCAAAAGGUGUUUGAAAUUACUUCGAGGGUUUGAUAAGGAUUUGAAACUUGAUAUAGCAGCUGCUGGUUCCUACGCCCAGUUGGGGAGAAACGAACCAAUGCCCGCCACGCCUAAUAAUAUUAAGAUUGAGACCAGAAAUAGAUUUCGAAGUCUGUGCUCAAAACCGGUCGAUGUGGAGGAAAAGUUCAGUGAAUCCCAAGACAAUGAUUUGCUUAAGGCGAUCGAAACAGAGCCUAUUCUUCAUUCUCCUAAGACUCAGAGUGUCAGGGAAAGAGAGAUAUUCCAUGAUACCUUUUCUUUUUUGAUAAGACUGGGCAGUACAGACAAAGAACGUAGCAAUUGCCAUCGACAGAUGAGCAGAGAGGAAACAAGAUGGCAAAAUGAGUUGAAGGAUUUAAUCUGGCUGGAAUUACAGGCACACAAAGCUGAUAGAAGUCCAAUGGCUCAGGAUGAAUAUCUUUGUAAACAGCGCGAAGCUGUUGGUCCACUACUCACAGAAAUAAUCGAAUAUAGGUAUAAUCCAAUCACGAGCCUCGGCGAAUGUGGUUCUACUACAGCUUCGAGUGAAGAAGAAUCAACCUGUAAAUUUCUGACUCCAAAUAGCAUACGGUUGGGAAUUUGUACAGGAUGUCUUUCGAUGUAUUGUCAAGUUUGUGGUCGAGUUCAAAUCGAUGCUUUGAAACAAGUAGAAACAUUGUUGGCGAGACUAGAAGCUGCAGAAGCACUUUUUCCUUCCUCUCAAGCCUUAGGGAGUCAUUAUCCGCUUUACAAGAGUCCGGAAUUCACUGGAAGGGUCAAGGCCAUGUGUCUCUGGUAUAAUAUGACCAAACACCAUCGACUCAAAUUGUUAAUCCUGGGGAAAUUGCUGAUGAUGCUGCAUACGAAGAAGAAACAUGAGGACACUGCUGAUAGUGGUUUUAGUUCACAGAGUAUAAACGUUGAUCAUCCGAUAGAUCAGCGCCAAUCGCUAGUUCGAUUCGAAGUACCUAACAUCGAAGAAACUAGCAGCCCCUCUGAUAGUACCAACAGUACUGGAUCUCAUUCAUCUUCAUUUAGUGGUCUUUCUUUCGGAAGAACUUACUCUUCUUCCUCAGAAUCUGCGUUAAGUUACACCGAGGAAGAGAAGUUAGAAAGGCUAGAUUUCUACUUGAUGGAGUUUGAUAGACAAGCUUACAGGAAGUACAUAGAAGAUGUCUUGAAGACAAGGGGAUUACGAAAGAGUUUACACUUUCUGGAAAGACUCCACACGUCUGUUCUCCGGAAGGCGAGACUCGCACUAGAAAAGCCUCCAGAUGACUGUGAUAAUACUGCCAAUGAAGAAUACGAAGGCGAUCAAGAAUUGAAACGCUAUGGCGCUUGGUGUAAAGAAGCCAAGGAAUUAAAUCUUCCUUCUUAUAGAGCAGCCUUCGUAUUUCUUUCUCGUGUCCCAUUGGACGUUAUCCACGAGUUCCUAAGAAUGAGACUAGAACAGAAACCUGAUCAGCCAAGCCCUUUAUCUGUUAGACAAUUAAUGCGAGAAUUGCGCGAAGGUCUUAGGAUCGCUUGUAUUCAUCGCGAUAGAUUUUCCAGACAUUCUUCCGCAGCCAUGGCUUUUGAAGAAACCAGCAGUUCUCUUUUUCAAAAGGAAUUAGAUGAAUUCGACGGGAGUUUGAAAGCAGUUUUCGAAGUCUAUAUCGAUUAUUUGAAACAGUGGAUUGAAAUGGUAAAUCACGACAGUUUUCAUAAAAAUCUGAUCAUGGAUGAAUGGAAUUUCGUCAAGUCUAUCGCUGCUGAUAUCGUCGAUGGUUAUUCAAUAGCUGGAAAGAAGUUUUGUGAAAUUGUGCAAACAAUGAUAGGACAGGUGAUACAAUUCUUGACUGAAAGACCGGAAGAAUUGAAGGAAAGUCAACCAUCAAAUGGAGACGAUGAAUGGUCAGCAAGAUUUCAUUGGAUGUCAGUUGGUCGUGAAUGGCAAGGAAUGUUUGUAGAAGCUCGUGAAAAGGUCGUGAAAAGUGUGAAUCUCGCCAGAUGCGUGAGACGAGAAAUCGAACAGUGGACCGAUUUCAACGAUGAUUUAAAAACAUGCAUUGUAGAUUUAAAGGAAGAAAUUUUGGAUUUGCGAAAGCAGAUAGUUAUCGUAAUCCAAGAAUUUCAGAACAAGAUAGAUAGUGUGGAAGAACCAAAACUAGAAGGCGAUUAUUUAGCUUUUCGAACAAGAGUUAGGGAAAUUCUCCACCAGGGGUACCGAAUGGGAUUCGAGUACCAUAAAGAACUAUGUCGACUUUUUUUGCCAGAGGAAAGACCAGUUCUCGCAAGAGGAUUAGUUAAUUUUGCCUUUUUAUGGAUGGAUUUUGUCAAAACUAGAUGCGAACGGGGUAGAGGUUUAAGACCUAGAUGGGCGAAUCAAGGUCUAGAGUAUUUAAUGAUUGUCUGCGAACCGCUGAAUACUAAACACCUUACUGACGAGGAAUUUGAGGAAUUGAAAAGUUGCAUGGAUCGGUGCAUUUCUCAUGUUAUUGGCAACGCUUCUUCUCCGGCAGUUAAUGCCGAAAACGAAGUUCUAAAAAAAAUGCCGCAUUCAAGAGCUUCGUCACCAUCCCAGUGUCGAAGCAGAACUUCGAGUUUUAGUCAAAAGAGUCGAGAUUUUUUAAAAUCACCGGAAUUUUCGGCAAUUUUAUUUAAAAAAUCUGCGUCGCAAGUCGCUGUCGAUGGAAACUCAGCGACUUCUCAAAACAUUCCCUCAAGACAAGAAAGGAUCUUUCAGGCUGUGCAAAAAGUGGAUAUUCUUGUGGAUGAAAGACUGCGAAGUAGAGAGUUGAUAGGUCAGGUUGCUGAUAGGAAAAAUGUUGAUAAAAUUCACGUCAAAGCGAAACGAGUUACCUUCACCUGGCAGAGGGGAAUCAAAAUUGGUCAAGGACGUUUUGGAAAAGUAUACACGGUAGUUAACAAUCAAACUGGAGAGCUUUUGGCUAUGAAGGAAGUUCAACUUCAACCUGGCGACCACAGGGCAAUAAAAAGAGUUGCAGAAGAACUUCAAAUAUUUGAGGGAAUUCAACAUCAACAUUUGGUUCAUUAUUAUGGAUUGGAAAUUCAUAGAGAAGAAAUGCUGAUAUUUAUGGAAUUUUGUGCAGAAGGCACCCUUGAAAGUUUGGUCGCUGGAAGUGAAACAGGUUUGCCUGAACCUUUAGUCAGAAAGUACACACGCCAAAUGUUACUUGCAGUUACAGUCCUCCACUCACAUGGAAUUGUCCAUCGCGAUAUAAAAACUGCCAAUAUAUUUUUAACGGACGAAGGAAAUUGUUUGAAGCUUGGAGAUUUUGGAUCUGCGGUUCAAAUUAAAGCUCACACGACAAUGCCGGGUGAAUUGCAAGGUUUCGUUGGAACACAAGCUUACAUGGCACCUGAAAUUUUUAUGAAAAACGAGAGUAGUGGACAUGGAAGGGCUGCAGAUAUUUGGUCUGUAGGAUGCUGUGUUGUCGAAAUGUCGAGUGGUCGUAGACCCUGGUCUGAAUUUGAUUCUAAUUAUCAGAUUAUGUUUAAGGUUGGAAUGGGAGAAAGUCCUUCACCCCCAAAAAAUCUCUCCCAGGAGGGAAAAGACCUGAUAAAAAAAUGUUUACAACACGAUGCGAGGAAUAGACCAACUGCCAAUUCUCUUCUCUCUCACACCUUCGCUCAAAUCUACGAGGACGUGAAUGCAGAUUUAUCUUCUCGAUAGUGAAGGAUUUCCUAUUGUUCUAUUCAAAUUUCUCUCUAAAUUAGAGCCUCAGAGAAACUUUACCUACCUUUUUAAAAUCUUAGACCGGACUAAUUUUAUUCUUUUAACUUUUUUUUAUAAUGCGAUUUUUUAGGAUGCCAUUUUUUAGAAAUGAACGAUUAAUAUUUGUCAGUAUAUUGAGGAAGUACAUUUGUAUAUAUUAAUUAAGUUGAGUCAAAAAUGUGGCUAGUGAUAGGUAAUUGUGCUAGAAUUAAGUGACGCCUUUAUAAGGUAUUUAGAACUAGACUAGUUCGUCUGGAAUGUGAUCGAUGUGAUUCCGAGGUCGCUUUUUGCAAUAGCGAACAGGCACGCAUCCAUAGAGUUACAAAACAUUUGAAUUUUCAACAAAAUAAUUUAAUUUUUCGCAUAAUACUUGAAUUUGAAACCUAAAAAGAUAAAUUUUAAACAAAUAAAGAUUUU